AUGAUCAAAUAUUCAAAUUUAAAGCUUGAAAUUUUUAAGAAAACCUUACCACCAGAUCAUUUUGAUAUACAAAAUCUUGAAGAACGAAUUCAAUUCGUAAAAGACAUAUUAGAACCAUCAGUCAAAAGUCUACGAGAACUUGGAAAUGAAACUUUCUAUAAUUCAAAUUUUGAUCAAGCUUUAAUCUAUUAUCAGCAAGCUCUAGAUGAAGAAUUAAAAUCAUCCAAUAUUGAUUAUUCUAAUGUGUUUGACAUUCAUUUUGAGAUUGCUCAAGUUCACGCCAAAAAAGAUGGUAAUCAUACUUCCGAAGUUAAUUAUCUUCAAAAAUUGAUUGGAACUCAAUAUUCUGAUGAUACGCUUCACAGUGCAGUAAUUUAUUCAAAAAUUGCUGAGGUUUAUGGUUGA